CUCUCCUCUCUUCUCUCUCCUGCCGACAGAAUCAGAGAGUGGGUGAAAUUAAAAUUGUGUUCAAAGGAAGACAGAGGAGAAGGACAAAGGUCGAAGCAAGCAAGGAACUGGUUUUUUACUUGAGGGAGUCGGUACUCAAAAGUAAACCCUCGUAUUACAAUAAUUUUGAGUUCACACAUGCCGCUUUAUUAUCUAUUAACCUAAUCCCAUUGAAUUAUUCAAUCAAUCCUUCCUCAUUACAUUUUCUCCUUGUUCAAAGUUCUCUCCUUUUUCCUCAACCCCAUUCUAUCUCCGAUGGCCGCCGCACCGGAAAACGUCCAAAUACGAGUUCACUCGCGGAGGGGCGUCAACACCAUCCACCCAGUAUCGGUGGAAUCUCCUCAUCCCGCCGCCGCCGCGAGCCCCGCCGCUAAUUACAGAGAAGUCAAGCAUUUUAAGAAAUGGUUCCCCUGGUUGAUACCUACCUUUGUGGUGGCUAACGUAGUUAUGUUCAUCAUUAGUAUGUAUGUGAACAAUUGCCCCAAAAAUUCAAUUUCUUGUGUCGCCGGAUUCCUCGGAAGGUUUUCAUUUCAGCCUUUUAAGGAAAACCCCCUUCUCGGCCCUUCUUCUUCUGCGUUAGGGAAGAUGGGUGCAUUAGACGUGGCUAAAGUUGUCGACAAGCAUCAAGGAUGGCGCCUCAUCACUUGUAUGUGGUUACACGGCGGAGUUUUCCACUUACUCGCAAACAUGCUGAGUUUGCUAGUUAUCGGCAUUCGCCUCGAGCAAGAGUUUGGAUUUGUGAGAAUUGGUUUGCUUUAUCUAAUAUCUGGACUUGGAGGAAGUUUGUUAUCGGCUCUUUUUAUUCAGUCAAAUAUAUCGGUCGGUGCAUCCGGUGCACUUUUUGGAUUGUUGGGAGCAAUGCUUUCCGAGCUGAUCACUAAUUGGACCAUCUACGCCAACAAGUUGGCAGCUUUUACGACACUUGUGGUAAUUGUUGCGAUCAAUUUAGCAGUGGGAAUCCUCCCACACGUGGACAACUUUGCUCAUAUAGGAGGAUUUGUGUCGGGUUUUCUUCUGGGGUUUGUAUUCUUGAUCAGACCACAGUUUGGUUGGGUUAACCAGAGAUACGCCCCGAUUUCUCCUGCUGGAUAUUCGUCAGCAGCAUCUCCUGCUGGAUAUUCUUCAACAUCAAGAGCAGCUAACCCUAAAUUUAUGGCAUAUCAACGCAUACUGUGGCUACUUUCUUUGAUCCUUCUCGUUGUCGGGUUCACCGUUGGAUUGGUUUUGCUUCUUCGCGGAGUGGAUUUGAAUGAUCACUGUUCGUGGUGCCAUUAUCUCAGCUGUGUUCCUACUUCCAAAUGGUCCUGCAACACGCAGCCUAUAUCGUGUCAGGCAGAGCAAACGGGGAGCCAAUACACAUUGACGUGCUCAAACAGCAGUAAGAGCAGGUCGUAUUCGCUCCUCAAUCCAACGGCAACACAAAUUCAGGGAUUAUGUGCGCAGCUCUGUCGAUGAUUAUAAACAUUAAAAACAACAUUGUUGUCUUAGGUUUGAUGUUGUAUUAUAUUCGACUUAUUUAUCAUGUGCAUACAUAGAUUGAAGACCUGCCAUUGUUGUGGCAAUGCAUUGAGCCACUAGCUACUAGGCCAAUUAUGUUUCGAUUCUUUUGUAAAUUUCGCAUCCUCGUGAAAUUGUAGCUCAUUCGUCUGAUAUAUAUAUAUGCAUCUGGAGUUUGCUUUUUUAAA